UUCUUUGUUAUUCUCAUUCUUCCUUAACCUCAAAACCUUAAACUCUUUUCUCUUCCUUUCUCUCUAUCUACCACUUUUGUUGAGCUUUUGAAUUUUGGACAACAUGAUAUUUCACGGAAACUGUUGUCAAGUUUGUGUCCUUUGUGUUAUGAAGUGUUUUUGAACAUCCAUUAUUUUGUUCUUUGCAAAUUCAUGAAGUGGAUUCAGUUUGAAAGGUCAAGCUUUUGCAGUUCAUGGUCACCGGAUCUUAAAAGGGUAUCUUCUAUUCUAAGCUGAAACAGUAGUGUUGGAUAAAAACAAAGAGGCGAAACAGUGUUUUUGUUUGGUGGCGAGAGAAGUCCAUUUGCACAGAAUUUUGUGGAUUCUAGUGUUUGAGGAAGAAGGGGAAGUGUGGAGCUUUGUAAUUUGUUUGUUUGUGUUAUAUAUAUUGUUCAGGAAGUUGUGUACAAAGAAAGAUAAGUUUUACUGUUUUGGUGUUCUGUGAGCCAACCACAGAGGAGAAGAUAUUCACCACAUGGCGAUACAAGGCCAAAAUGCAUUUACUAGAUCACAGGGUGGUCUUCCAAUUGGAGAUGAAAUAUCUUUCAAUUCUGGUGUGCAUUCUGUUGCAGAUAUUCCACUACAUGAUCAGUUAUCUUGUGGAAAUGACUAUGCCUUGAAGGUUAGGAAACCAUAUACUAUCACAAAGCAGAGAGAGAGGUGGACAGAUGAAGAACAUAAGAAGUUCCUUGAAGCCUUAAAGCUAUAUGGCAGGGCCUGGCGACGGAUUGAAGAACAUGUUGGCACAAAGACUGCUGUUCAGAUUCGAAGUCAUGCUCAGAAGUUUUUUUCUAAGAUUCUUCGAGAGUCUAGUGGGAACAGUACAACCUUGGAGGAGUCAAUUGAAAUUCCACCUCCGCGACCAAAACGGAAGCCAAUUCAUCCUUACCCUCGUAAGCUAGUUGAGUUUCCAAAGACAGGAAUUUCCAACUCAGAACACCCACUGAGGUCUAAUUCUCUGAAGUCAUCAGAUUUUGGUCAAGAAAACAAUUCUCCCAAGUCAGUUUUAUCUACAGUUGUUUCAGAAACUGUUGGUUCCUCCGAUUCAGAUACAUCUAGUCGAUGUUUGUCACCAGCCUCAUCCAUUAGUGGUGUCCCCACAAACAGAUUUCCACUUGCUGAGCCCAAAACAUCAUUUAAGGAAGAAGGGUCUGCACCAAGUUCAGCUCAUGAUGAGCAACCUCCUGUGAAACUGGAGUUUUUUCACAAAGAAAGUGUUUCUACCAGAGAUGAUGCAACAGAAGAAUCAUCUGGUCGUACUCUCAAACUUUUUGGGACCACUCUACUGGUAACAGACACAUGCAAACCUUCUUCUCCAACAACGGAGCCGUGCAAACCAACACCUGCGGCUGCAAUGUAUCUUAUGCAACUUCAGAAUGGAUGUUCAGAUGUUACAGAAGGUCAUGCUUCUAUUGUUCCUUGGUGGACUCUUCCCCACAAUACUCCAUUUAUGCCACUGCACAAGGAGCCAAAAGGGAAGCAUCUAUAUUCUAAUCUUGGAGAGUUUGAACAUAAAGAAGUUCAAAAGGAAGGAUCAUGGACUGGUUCAAACACUAGUUCAAUUGAUGAUGGAGAUAACACUGAAAAAUCAGAUGAUCAAGCCAAAAGUCAUGUACAUGGUUUUAGCAAAAGUGAAACUUUAACUAUAUCUGAGCUAAGGGUGAGGCCUAAAACAUGUGGAAAAGGGUUUGUACCAUAUAAAAGGUGCAUGGCAGAGAGGGAAAACCAGUGCUCAUCAGUAUAUUAUGAGGAAAGGGAAGAGCAACGUAUUAAGCUUUCCUUAUAGUACCCUCUUAUUGGCUUUUCUUCAAAGCAGUUUCCCUUUUACAGGUAUAAUGUACCUGUUUCUGUUGCUGGAUGACCUUGCAUGAGAAGAAAGAUAAGGGAGCUGAAAUUUUUUAUAUUUCUACUGCAUUGUUAAUUCUCCACAAGCCUGUGUGUUAACCUAUAUGAGCUUCAAGACUUUGGGAGAAACACUAUCCAGUGAAUUAUCCCACCUUUUUAUAUUUCUUCAUGCCUAGGCCUUUUGUAUUUCUUCAAAUUCUUUCUCCCACCCUCCACUCGGAUAUAUCUAGUGCUUUUUUUCUUUUUAAUUCUAAUUGUCUUUCAAGUGUAAGUUACAUACUUAUGUAUCGCUUAUUAGUGUAGUUGUUCAUAUUUCUCAAAUGAAGCAAAUUAUUAUACUCAAAUCAGCUGAAGUUGAAUAAAAUUGUACUUAGUACUCCUUCCUUUUGUGACA